UCUGUAGAGGGGCGUUCCCUACUCAACGCCAGUGUCCCAGAAUCGGCCAAUACGGAACGAUAAGGGCUCGUCACGACACGAGCGCCAGGGGUCGUCACGACACGAAUUUGCCUGACCUCGUAAGUCUAGAGGUUGGCACCGACACCAAGGUCGGCGGCGGCCUCCACAGAGGGAAGCUGACCCCGACUUCUGGGAUGGUGGCAAUACUCGGGCUUCCCAGGGUCUGUGGGCUUCUCAAGCUGAAGAAUCAAACUUUGCAUACACCUCGAGUGUCGGAUGUCCGUGCGGCGUUCUUGGGUCGGGCGGUGGACCCCCAUUCCUUGGCGCGCCCGCGCUCCAGAGAUGGGGUUCCCUCCAUGCUCAGCCAGGAGGAAGGUCGAGCCUCGCCACCAGCUGCCCGCAACGGACAGACUUUCCCCUCGCCGGGCACGGUGCCGCAGGUUUGUUUUCGCGUGGCGUGCCGUCUUGUGUUCAGCCUGAGCGCGGGCUUCGAUGCUUCGUGCACACCGCGCAAGCAGACGGCACGAUUCCGAUGCAUCCACGUGUUCAUGUGUUUCUUUUGGGCAUGGAUUAGUGGUCAUGUGUGUGCGCGCAUGUCUUGUUGUCUUUCCUAUGCGCGUUCCUGAAUGUAGCUCCAACUCGAAGCCGAGGGUCGAGGCAAGCCGUGCCCUGCGGGCUGGACAGAAGGCGGAUCGGUGCAGUCAGUCUGCAAGGCCCCCCCGGAGUUCGUGAUGUCGACGGAGUGCGGCAACUACCUCGGGCACAAAGACGUGAUCUCCGGAAACUUGUCCGCCGAGAAGAAGCAAGAGCUCGAGAUGCAGUGCCACGUGAGCUGGCCGUGUGUUGACGACGACUACCUGGGGGACGGCGGCUACAAGCCCAACUACGACGAGCCAUGCCCCAACUCGUGGAGCUUCCAGCAGGACGGCAGUUGCGCGGCGUCUGGCAUCUACGAGGGGCCGUGCGUGUCCCAGAAGAGCUUCCUGCAUUUCACGCCCUCCAUGAAGGAGGGGCCGCCUGGGCGGCCAACUGCAAGGUGUCGUGGCCGCUGGAGCAGGUUCAGCUCCCCGACCCGGAGCAGUCCCCCCACUGGAGGGGCCGGGCCUCCUCCCCGAUCCUCGGUGUGGGCCCACUGCGAGCGGGCGUACCACAACGCCUGCCCGGUGGGCUUCCACGAGGACGACGGCCAGGGCGUGUGCCACGCGCCACCGAACUACCCGGGGCUGGAGAUAUCUGGCUGCGCCCAGUUCGACCCGCACCGCUGGACACCGGAGAUGAAGCAGUCCUUCGAGAAGGCGACCAAGGGCGAGAACGACGAGGAGAACAUGGCCAGGCACCUGUGCUGGAUGACUGCCGUGACGAGGUCUGCCAGGUGGCCUGGCCCUGCAGCGGGGAGGCGGCCAUCUUCAAGGCUGGCAUGGGCCCGCUGCUGACCGGCCUCGCCUUCCUGGGCCGCCGACGGAGGCCCGCGGCGUGUGGAGGCCAUGCCUUCCUGUGACUCGCCGC